UUUCAGUCUUUUUCUGAGAUGCGCCGAUAGGAUAUAGCACAAAAGAACGUCAAAAGCCGCCGCAAUGCUAAGCUCGGUAUAUUUCUCUGCCCCUAGCUGCCCACUUUUCAGAGGAUCCUGGGUUCUCCCUCCGUUCCGAGCCACCAGGCGCCACCCGACGGAAGCAGGGGGCCGCAUGUAAUGCCAAUUGCCACGGCUGCUGAAGCGCAGCCCCGCAAGCAACAGCCUCUCUCUCUCUAGUUCCAUCACCGGCCACCAAUUUUAUACUGCCUCUUGCCUAUCUCCAUCGCCACCAUGUACGCUGCUCUUCCAUCUCGAGAGCACCAGUCGUCGUCCUAGUAUUAUAUCAUCGCUGAAGCCUCCGCACCAGAGAGUUAAACGCAUAACACAACACCCAGUUAUUAAACUCGUCAGUUUACUCCCCGAGAGCCGCCUCCUCUCUCCUCCGAACCACUCUAUCUAUCUCCCCUUCUCUUUGAUCCUCCCUGGCUUGAUUGCCUGCUUCAUUGGUUGGUGUUCUACUUGCUGCUGUUGUUCGUUGCGUAUGCUCAUCGCUGAUCAAGAAGAACAAGAGGCGAUAGAAGCAGAGGAGGUGCUGCUGAAAGGUAUCAAGAGGCGAUAGAGGCAGAGGAGGUGCUGCUGAAAGGCCGAAACUGAACUGCUGAAAGGAGUUCAGAGUUCAAACAGAGCAGACAAGUCUUCUGAAGCAAACACCUUCAGGACAGAACUAAACACCCAUGUAAUCAACUUUUUCAGAGAUUUGCCAACACCAUUCCUCGCAAUGAGAAGGCAAAUCCUUGUCUGCCUCCCUCUCAUCGUACUCCUCUCCCUCUUCCUGAACUCGAACUGCCAAAUUGACCCCCUAACACAAGCCCUCCUCCAAUUCAAGGCCAGCCUGAACGACCCUCUGAACCACCUCCAGUCAUGGAGGAACGCCACCUCGCCGUGCCGCUUCUUCGGCGUCCGGUGCGACCACAGCUCCGGCACGGUCAUCGAGAUCUCGCUGUCGAACAUGAACCUCUCCGGCGGCAUCUCGCCGUCCGUCGCCUCCUUGCACGGCCUGACGCGGCUGGAGCUCGACUCCAACUCGUUGUCAGGGCCUGUGCCGUCUGAGCUGAGCAAGUGCACUCAGCUACGGUUCCUGAAUCUGUCCUUCAACAGCCUCACCGGGGAGCUGCCGGACCUGUCGGCGCUGACGGCUCUGGAGGCCCUUGACGUCGCGAACAAUGGCUUCACCGGGCGGUUCCCGGCGUGGGUCGGCAACCUGUCCCGCCUUAUCACGCUCAGCGUCGGCGUGAACAGCUACGACCAAGGCGAGACGCCGCCGAGCAUCGGGAACCUCAAGAACCUCACGUACCUUUACCUGGCGAGCUCCAGCUUGACAGGGGACAUACCUGAUUCCAUCUUCGAGCUCACCGCGCUGGAGACGCUGGACAUGUCCAUGAACAGUCUGGGCGGCAAGAUCCCCGCGACCAUCGGCAACCUCCGGAACAUUUGGAAGAUCGAGCUGUACAAGAACAACCUUACGGGCGAACUUCCGGCGGAGCUCGGGAAGCUGACCGGGUUGCGGGAAAUCGACGUGUCCCGGAACCAGCUCAGCGGCGGGAUCCCGGUGGCGUUCGCCGCGCUCAAGGGCUUCACGGUGAUCCAGCUCUACCAUAACAAUCUGUCCGGGUCGAUCCCGGAAGAGUGGGGCGAGCUGCGGUUUCUGACCAGCUUCUCCAUCUACGAGAACCGGUUCUCCGGUGAGUUCCCGGCGAACUUCGGCCGGUUAUCUCCGCUAAACAGCAUCGACAUCUCCGAGAACGGCUUCACUGGUCCAUUCCCGAGGUACUUGUGCCACGGCAAGAACCUCCAGUACCUUCUCGCUCUCCAGAACGGCUUCUCCGGCGUGUUCCCGGAGGAGUAUUCGGCGUGUAGCAGUCUGCAACGGUUCCGGAUCAACAAGAACAGGUUAACCGGCAGCCUCCCGGAGGGGCUAUGGGGCCUCCCCGCCGCGAUGAUCAUCGACAUAUCUGACAACGGAUUCACCGGAAGCAUGUCGCCGCUGAUCGGCGAGGCUCAGAGCCUGAAUCAGCUGUGGGUGCAGAACAACCUGCUCGGCGGCACGAUACCGUCGGAGAUCGGCCGGCUCAGGCAACUGCAGAAGCUCUACUUGUCCAACAACUCGUUCUCGGGAUCGAUACCCGUGGAGAUUGGAAGCUUGUCGCAGUUGACGGCACUGCACCUGGAGGACAACGAAUUGAGUGGCGCGUUACCGGGAGAUAUUGGCGGCUGCAUCGGACUCGUCGAGAUCGACGUCUCCCGGAACGGGCUGACCGGUCCAAUCCCCGCCUCACUGUCGCUGCUAUCGUCGCUGAACUCGCUGAAUCUGUCCUGCAAUGAGCUCACCGGGCCGAUCCCGACGAGCCUCCAGGUUCUCAAGCUGAGCUCCAUCGACUUCUCUUCGAACCGGCUGACCGGGAACGUGCCGCCGGGGCUACUCGUGAUCACCGGCGACGAGGCGUUUUCGAGGAACCCUGGCCUCUGCGUCGACGGCAGGUCCGAGCUAGGCGUGUGCAAUGUGGACGGCGGCCAGAGGGAAGGCCUCGCCAGGAAGUCAGUUGUGCUCGUGCCGGUCCUCAUCUCGGCGACUCUGCUGCUUGUGGCUGGCAUCCUGUUCGUGAGCUACAGAAGCUUCAAGCUCGAGGAGCUCAAGAAGAGGGACCUGGAGCACGGGGACGGGUGCAGCCAGUGGAAGCUGGAGUCGUUCCACCCGCUAGACCUGGACGCCGACGAAAUAUGCGGCGUCGGGGAGGAGAACCUGAUCGGGUCUGGCGGCACGGGGCGCGUGUACCGGCUGGAGCUCAAGGGCCGCGGCGGUUGCGUAGUGGCCGUGAAGCGGCUGUGGAAGGGCAACGCGGCGCAGGUGAUGACCGCCGAGAUGACCAUCUUGGGCAAGGUCCGUCACCGGAACAUCCUCAAGCUGCACGCCUGCCUGUCGCGCGGCGAGCUCAACUUCAUCAUCUACGAGUACAUGCCUCGGGGCAACCUGCACCAGGCGCUCCGGCGGGACGCCAAGGGCGGCCGCCCCGAGCUGGACUGGCCGCGGCGGUGCAAGAUCGCGCUCGGCGCGGCCAAGGGGCUCAUGUACCUCCACCAUGACUGCACGCCGGCCAUCAUCCACCGCGACAUCAAGUCCACUAACAUCCUGCUCGACGAGGACUACGAGGCCAAGAUCGCCGACUUCGGCAUCGCCAAGGUCGCCGAGGACUCCUGCGACUCCGAGUUCAGCUGCUUCGCCGGAACCCACGGCUACCUCGCCCCCGAGCUGGCCUACUCGCUCAAAGUGACGGAGAAGACGGACGUGUACAGCUUCGGCGUGGUGCUGCUGGAGCUGGUCACCGGCCGGAGCCCGAUCGACCCACACUUCGGCGAGGGCAGGGACAUCGUCUUCUGGCUGUCGAGCAAGCUCUCCUCGGAGAGCCUCGACGACGUCCUGGACCCGCGCGUCGCCACGUCUGUCAGGGAGAGGGAGGACAUGCUCAAGGUGCUCAAGAUCGCCGUGCUCUGCACCGCGAAGCUGCCGGCGGGACGGCCCACGAUGAGGGACGUGGUGAAGAUGCUCACGGAUGCCGCCGGUGCGGGGCCCUGCAGCCCGCGCGGGCAGCCGCCGGCGAGGAACUGCAGCAACAAGAGCUGCUGCUGAAUUUUAGAGCCGGCUCUAACCCUUGCCACCCACAGAUCCUCUGCUUCUGCAUUGAACUCCUGAUGCGAUCUUUGCUGUGUAUUAGGACCAUAGGAUCAUGUACCUGCAGUUAUUGUACUUGAAGUAGCCUGUUUUAAAUCUGCCACGUUUUUCCUGA